AUGGCAUUGGAGGAUGGAAUGUCACUUCUCUCUUUUGCCUUGGGUCUCUAUGUUCUUCACCACAGCAACGGUGCUCCACUGGCGCUGUUUGCGAAGUCGCUGUCUGCCCAUCUUCAGGGCGCAGCAGCGGCAGCAGCAAGCUUUGCACCCUCAAUGUCAGGUUCGGAGGAUGGGGAAGAAGAAGAGAAGCGCUUCAGGCUUUUCAGUGUGGCACUCUGA